UCACACAUCCAUACACAUAAGCAUGGAGUCAAAUAGAAUGCAAGCAGUCAUUAAGAUUGCAGUGAUGCUUGUUUUUGUUGGCUAUGUAUUCAUAUGGGUGAUGUUGCCCACCGAUCUCUACCAAAAAGAUUGGCUCCUCAAAAUUAGAGCCGAGACCAUGUCUACUUACCUUGGAACACAAGGUGCAACAAUGCUAAUCAACACGUUUCCUGUGCUUCUCAUUGCUGUAUUGGGCUGUGUUUAUCUUCAUUUCGUGCAGAAGGCUCGAGGGAAAGACGUCGAAGGAAAACAAGGUUCGGAUGCAUUGAAGAGGCCAAUGAUAAUCAAAGGAAUGGGAAUAGUUAAUGGAAUAGAGCUUUCCUUUUUUCUCAUGUUCAUUGCCCUCUUGAUUUGGUCUUUCUCAGUUAACUUGGAAAUUAGCUUCGCUAAAAUCACUGCAAAAUCGGCUGCAAUGUGGGGUGAAACAGUUUGGGAAUCGAGACUAGCUAAUGCAGGACUCAUUCUUGGGCUAACGGGAAACAUAUGUCUAGCAUUUCUGUUUUUUCCAGUGACUCGGGGAUCGUCUGUGUUACCAUUGUUGGGAAUCACCUCAGAGGGAAGUGUCAAGUAUCACAUAUGGCUCGGUCACAUUGUUAUGACCCUCUUCACGGCUCAUGGCAUUUCUUACGUUUUCGUCUGGGGUUACACACACACUCUUGUAGAGAUGCGGCAGUGGGCUAAAGCUGACAUAUCAGUUGUAGCUGGAGAAGUAGCUUUGGUUUCGGGACUGUUGAUGUGGUUGACAACAAUUCCUCGUAUCAGACGCAAGAUAUUCGAGCUCUUCUUUUACACUCAUCAUCUUUACAUUGUCUUUAUAGUCUUCUUUGUAUUCCAUGUUGGCUUCUCAUAUGCCUGCACCAUACUCCCUGGCUUCUACCUCUUCUUGAUUGAUCGAUUCCUUAGAUUUCUCCAAUCACGACAACAUAUUCGUCUGGUUUCAGCUCGCCUCCUACCAUGUGAAACUGUCGAGCUUAACUUCUCCAAGGCCAGAGGGCUGAGUUAUACUCCAACAAGCAUUAUGUUUGUGAAUGUGCCUAGCAUAUCCAGGGCACAAUGGCAUCCUUUUACAAUUACUUCAAGUAGUAAACUGGAGCCCGAGAAGAUAAGCGUCAUGAUCAAAGGCGAUGGAACUUGGUCUAAGCGCCUUUUCCAGACGCUCAACUCACCUUCUUCAGUUGAUCGUCUUGAUGUCUCUGUUGAAGGACCUUAUGGCCCUGCUUCAACUAACUUUUUAAGGCACGACGCACUUGUGAUGAUAAGUGGAGGAAGUGGAAUCACUCCAUUCAUCUCCAUUUUCCGGGAGCUUGUAUACAUGUGUGAAACACUAAACUGCAAAACUCCCAAAAUUCUUCUCAUCACUUCUUUCAAAACUUCUUCGGACCUCACCAUGCUUGACCUACUACUCUCAGUAUCCGACGGCCCCUCAAACUUUUCCAAGCUGGAUUUACAAAUUGAAGCAUAUGUAACAAGAGAAAAGCAAGCAACAGCUGAAACAAAGAACAUAAGAUCUGUAUGGUUCAAACCCCGUCCUUCAGACUCAAAAAUAACUCCAGCUCUAGGCCAAAAUAGCUGGCUUUGGCUUGCUGCAGUCAUAUCUUCAUCUUUUGUACUAUUUCUCAUACUAAUGGGGAUCGUGACUCGUUUCUAUAUUUACCCUAUCGACCAUAACACUGAUCACAUCUACUCAUACACAGCGCGAGGCUCAUUAAGUAUGCUACUCAUAUGCAUCUCCUUAGCCUUAACUUCUAGCGCGGCUUUUCUGUGGAACAAGGGAAAUAAUGCCAUGGAAAGCACACAGAUACAGAGCAUCGAGGGUGCAACGCCAGUGGCCUCUCCAAACUCUGCCUUCUACAAUGCGGAAAGAGAGCUCGAAAGCCUUCCACAGCAAUCACUUGUUGAAUCCACAAAUGUGUACUAUGGUGAAAGGCCUGAUUUAAAGAGAUAUUUGUUUGAGCGAAAAGAAUCGAGAGUUGGAGUACUUGUGAGCGGACCAAAGAUGAUGAGACAUGAGGUUGCGAACAUAUGUGCAUCUGGUUUGGCUGAAAAUCUUGAAUUUGAGUCCAUCAGUUUCAGUUGGUGAUUUUUCUUCUGAUGUUUUGUUAAUUGAAAGAAUUUUCUGAAUUAAGUGCAGAAGUGAAGUAUUUUAAAGAAACAGUGUUGUAAUUGUUUCAUGAUGAUCUCAAUAAAUUUAUGUUUUAAUGUA